GCGCUCUGCUAGUCAGCCUGGUGCAUCAGCAAAAACAUUCCCCAGUCAAGGCAGGACGAAAUCUGGUCAAAGAGUCUGCAGUGCCUUGAGACUUUGAAGAGUUUGCAGGGAACCAUGAAGGUGAAGGUUAUUUCGGUUUUGGAAGACAACUACAUGUACUUGGUGAUAGAAGAAGAAAGUAAAGAAGCCAUUGCUGUAGAUCCUGCUGUACCCCAUCGGCUGCUCGAGAUAGUGAAAAGAGAAGGAGUGAGACUUACAGCGGUGCUGACUACUCACCAUCACUGGGACCAUGCCCGGGGGAAUGAAGCCCUGGUCAAAGAGAUUCCUGAAUUGCGAGUAUAUGGAGGAGAUGACCGCAUCGCUGGACUGACCCACAAAGUCACUAAUGGUCAGGAGCUCAAGUUUAAUACUAUAAAUGUCAGAUGUCUGUUCACGCCUUGCCACACUUCAGGACAUAUGUGCUACUUCAUGUGGGAAGAUGACUGCACCGAUUCUCCUGCUGUUUUCACAGGGGAUACACUGUUUGUGGGUGGAUGUGGGAGAUUUUUUGAGGGAACAGCGGAGCAGAUGUAUCACAACCUGACUGAAGUGCUGGGAACUCUACCUCUGGACACGAAGGUGUUCUGUGGUCAUGAAUACACCAUAAAGAACCUGAAGUUUGCAUCAUUGGUGGAACCAGAGAAUGAGAAAGUGAAGGAGAUGCUUAGCUGGGCCAGGGCAAGAGAUGACGAUGACAAGCCAACAGUACCAUCAACACUACUGGAGGAAUUUGAAUACAAUCCAUUUCUACGUCUCUCUGAGGAGGGCGUGCAGAAGUUCACAGGGCAGACAGAUCCUAUUGAAGUUCUCCGUGUGCUACGCAAAGAAAAGGACAACUUCAAGAAACCCAAGGAGAGAGUUCUUCCACAUGCCAUGCUUGCUCUGGAAUGGGGUCUGCUCAGACCAUAAACACAGAGGCACACUUCAAAUACAUGAAGCACAGAGGCCAUCUCAAUGGACACUAACUCAGACCCUUUAUUGGUUGCGG